CAUAAGGGGAAUGCUUAACGGCUAAUUUCAUUCCCAACGGAAAAGAACAAAAGGCCCCCAAGGUUCAGGUCUAGAAGCAUAGCUUUAGGAGAGCUCCUCCAAAUGCUUGGCAUAAAGCUAAAACCCACCCACCUUUACAAACGCCUUCCCUCCGCUCUUCUAUUCUCCACAACUUCAGCUUCCAACUAUCUUAAUUGUCGCCUCAACUUCUUCCUCUCCCAACAAACAUCAACCUUCCAAUUUCUCCUUCAAGCCCAUAAUCUCGUCAUAACAAGUGGCAACUCAAACAACCUCUUCAUAGCAUCGAAGCUCAUCUCCCUCUAUGCCUCUCUCAAUGAACCCAUUUCCUCCACCAAAGUGUUUGAUUCGUUGUGUUCAAAAGAUACGUUUCUUUGGAACUCCGUGAUCAAAUCCCAGUUCUCCAAUGGAAAUUACUCACAAGCACUUGAUUUUUAUCUCCAAAUGCGAGCAUCUGAUACCCCACUCGACCAAUUCACCAUUCCGAUGGUUGUUUCUACGUGCGCCGAGUUGAUGCUGCUAUAUCAUGGCAAGAACAUUCAUGGAUUGGCUUUGAAAUUGGGGCUCUUCACGGGGAAUUCUGCUGUUGGAUCUUCAUUUGUGUACAUGUAUUCGAAGUGUGCUCGAAUGGAGGAUGCAUGGUUCAUGUUUGAUGAAAUUUGUGUUAGGGAUGUGAUUGGUUGGACCGCACUUGUGAUUGGAUAUGUGCAGAAUGGUGAGAGUGAGAAGGGUUUGGAGUGUCUUUGUGAGAUGCACAGGAUUGGUGGGGAUGGUGAGAGACUGACUUUUAGAACAUUGGAAGGCGGGUUUCAAGCUUGUAGGAAACUGGAUGCUAUUGUGGAAGGUAGAUGCUUACACAGUUUAGCGGUAAAAACCGGAAUUGGGUGUUCACAGGCUGUUCAAUCUUCACUUUUAUCAAUGUAUUCAAAGUGUGGGAACCCUGAAGAAGCUUACCUCUCCUUUUGUGAAGAAAUGGAUAAAGAUCUUCUCUCGUGGACAUUAAUCAUUGGUAUUUAUUCGAGAUUUGGACUAAUGACUGAGUGCCUAAGUUUGUUUCCGGAAAUGCAGGAGAAUGAUAUAUGCCCUGAUGGAAUUCUUAUUAGUUCUGUGCUUUUGGGGUUCAGUAAUUCCACGAGUGUCUUUGAAGGAAAAGCCUUUCAUGGAUUAAUCAUAAGACGGCAUUAUGGAUUGGAUGAAAAGGUUCAUAAUGCAUUACUGUCCAUGUACUGCAAGUGGGGACAAUUAACUCUUGCAGAGAAGCUCUUUGGUAGAGUACCUGAGCCUAAUAGAGACUGUUGGAACACUAUGAUUUUUCACUAUGGCAAGAUGGGGCUGGAAGCAAGAUGUAUAGAAUUGUUUAAAGAGAUGCAAUAUCAUGGCAUUCAACCUGAUUCAAACAGCUUUGUCCCCGUAGUUUCUUUGUGUUCCCAUACAGGAGCAACAUAUCUUGGUCUUUCACUUCAUUGCUAUAUAAUCAAAUGUUCACUGGAUGAAAAUAGAUUGGUCACCAAUUCACUCAUAGACAUGUAUGGUAGAAGUGGCAAUCUAAACAUAGCCUGGAAAAUAUUUUGUCGUACACAGAGGGAUAUUGUCACAUGGAACACUUUGAUCUCAUCUUACGCUCAUAGUGGGCAUUAUACUGAGGCUGUAGCCUUAUUUGAUAAAAUGACUUCAGAGAACGUGAAGCCUGACUCAGCAACAUUGGUAACAAUUAUUUUGAGUUGUUCUCAUCUUGCAUCUCUGGAGAAAGGAGAAGGUAUUCACCGUUACAUUGAAGAAAGAGAGAUUGAGUUUAAUAUAUGCCUUGCCACUACAUUGGUUGAUAUGUAUGUGAAAUGUGGGCAGCUUGAGAAAGCAAGAAAGUUGUUCAACUCAAUGAAAGAGAGGGAUGUUAUAUCGUGGAAUGUGAUGAUCUCAGGUUAUGGAAUGCACGGAUAUGCAAAAUAUGCUAUUGAUAUAUUUCAAGAGAUGGAGAAUUCAAAUGUUAAACCAAAUGGACUCACCUUCCUUGCCGUUCUCUCAGCUUGUGUUCAUGGAGGGCUUGUUGAAGAAGGGAAGUGUCUGUUUAAUAGGAUGCAAGACUAUUCCAUAAAAGCCAACAUGAAGCAUUAUGCAUGUAUGGUAGAUCUUCUAGGCAGGUCAGGUAAUCUACAAGAAGCUGAGACUUUGGUUCUUUCAAUGCCGUUUUCUCCUGAUGGUGAGGUUUGGGGGACUUUGCUAAGUUCUUGUAAAACUCACAAUGAAAUUGAGAUAGGAAUAAGGAUAGCCAAGCAUGCCAUUGAGACUGACCCAACAAAUGAUGGGUACUAUAUAAUGAUGUCGAACUUGUAUAGUUCUGUUGGGAGGUGGGAGGAGGCAGAAAGGGUGAGAGAAAUGAUGAAUGAAAGGAAUGUGUUGAAGAAAGCUGGCUGGAGUACACUCUAAGUGAUAUGUAUUUCCUUUGAUUCUUGUUGGGAAAUGUGUACUCUAACCCUGAGAGUUGAUAAUUAGAUAAGGAGCUUCAACAUCCACUUUAAUUCUGAUAGCUAGGAGAAACAGAUAUUGGAUAAGCCACAUGGGCCCUGAAUUUUUUUUUCCUUCCAAAUGUGACUGGUACUGCUGUUGCUCACGGUGUCAAGUAUCGAGGAAAGCAAAUAUCGGAUUGGCAGUUAAUCGAAUGGAGACUGCAGAGUUCCUUUCUGCAUCCUUCACUUUCAACAAUGGAUGAUGCAGAGGUUACCAGCUAACCUUGUUACCAACCAACUGGAAAAUGCUAAUAAGAGCAUUAUCAAGAAUGACUUCGAGAUGUCACUGAACGAAGGCCAUCACCUUCCAAUCUCCUCCAUCGCGCCUUAAAUGCUGCAGAUUUAGACCCAUUGCAGCUCAACACUUAUUUCUCCAACAAAAACCAAAGCCCAUAGAGAGAGAGAAUGCGAGGCUUCUAACUGUAUUCCUAGGGUUCGACGAAAACCACCUCUCCACAGUCGACGAUAGCUAGCUCAACAGAAACUCUGCUGGCUGGAUUUCAUGUUGGCAUUUUUUGGCCUUUUGUGUUUCGAAUUUGAUUGUGUUUUGGGUUUGGAUUUUCGCAUUUUCUACUAGACCUGUGUUUCGUGCCUUUGGGUCCAUCUAGAUGGUUUUGCAUUUUAGGGUUUUCUUAAUUUCUUUGAUUUUUUUAAUCAUUUAAAGUUUUAUUUACUUUUUUUUUUUUUCGACAUCUGAAUCUAGGGUUUACUGAUAUUUUGGUUUUCAGGGGGCGCCAAUUUUUGCCCAUGUUUGACCACGUGUAGUAAUUUCAGUUUUUUGUCUCUUUCAUUUCGUCCAUGACCAAGUAUUAGUUUAGUUCUUUCUCGUUCAUUAGUA